AUGAUGCAUUUUAACAACAACAGAUGGGGUGCUCCUCGUUACAACAAGACACCUUCCAAGGUGGUUUGUAUUCCGGUUCAUUUCGUUGGGUCGGAGAGAAACAGAACCGAUUCAGCCACCAAGAUUCAGAGGGUUGCAAGAGGGUAUCUUGUGAGGAAGUGUAUGAAGAAGAUGCUGAAGAUGAAAGUGGAGUUGGAGGACAUUGAGCAGAAGGUGAAUAGUGAAGAAACUGUGAGGGUGAUGAAGAAGGAGCAAAAGGAGAGGAUAAAGAUAUGUGAAACCAUCAUGAAUCUGCUUCUUAGGUUGGAUUCUGUAAGUGUGUUUCAUUGUUCUGCUCUUAGGGAGUUGAGAAAGUCGCUCAUUAAAAGGGCCAUUUUUCUUCAAGAAUAUGUGGAUCAAAUUCACAUGGUGAGUCCCACAGAUGAGGAUGAUGGUAAGGGUGGAGAUGAGGAUGAGAAGAAGAUGGAGGAAGAAGAGAGUGUGGGAUCAAGUUUGAUGGAGCAAGAAAUUGAGGAGGAUAGUGUGGAUGUGAAAGAAGAGGAGGGUAGAAAUGUAAUUGGAUGUGAGGAGGAAGAGGAUGAGAAAAGGGAAAUAUUGAGAAGGAUGAUGAAUGAGAAUGAGAAGAUGAUGAAUAUGAUGACACAAUUGUUUGAGAAGAAUGAGAAGCAAACAUCACUUCUCACAUCUCUCACACAAAGAGUGGAACAGCUUGAGAGAACAUUCACUUGUGACAAGUUAAAGAAAAAGAAUAAGAGGAGAAGAAAUGUUGAUGCCAAACAUAGAUAUAAUGGUUGCAUAUAA